AUGGACCCGCAAAGUCCCCCUCCGUUACUCUCGAUGUCUAGCUUGCCACCCCUCGAAUCGAUCUUAAGACAGUUACGCCGCCAGCCCACAGCAACUCUUGACACCGAAUUACUUCCUGUGUCUCGUCCAAUGAUAACAUUCAAUGAGCUCAAAAACCUGCGGUUCCGAGCGCAAGCCUACUUUUCCCUAUUUUCCCCUGUCCACAGUCUUCCACCAGAGCUGCUGGUGGAAAUGUUCACGUAUGUCGCGCAUUCGUUGGAUCUGGAGGGAGCCGGGAAGAAUUUCAAGACUGACGUAAAACGAGUUGCGAAUGGCCACGUUCUGGCGCUUGCGCACGUGUGCGUGUCGUGGAGGAGGAUUGUAUGGGACACACCGGCACUUUGGGACCGCCUAGACGCCAUGGCAAUAAAUCAAAGCAGGGUAAAAUACGGGCAUGCACUGACUGGGCGCUUGCUCGACUUCUCCGAAAACCGAUGUCGCGACGGGCUCUUUGACAUUCGUGUCCACAUUCCCAGGGGUGUUUAUUGUCCUUCCGACCUGUUUCCCUAUGUAAUGCACCGCAUUUCUGGCUGCAAGCACCUUCAUAUCGCAUCCCUCCGCACGGAGGCCGGGAUUCACCAUCUCGCCGAAGUGGCUGCUUCGAACGUACAAUCCCUUCAGUCUCUCAGGCUCACGGCCCAAAUUGUCCCUCCUCCGGGCUCUCUUGAUUGGAUGGCUGACGCGCGCUCAUUGCAAAAAUUAUCCAUUAGUGCCUCCCUUGCACGCCAGAUUCCCGCCGAAUGCUUCCAGAGACUACGGUCGUUCACGUGCACGACGUAUCCCCAGUUUCUACGAGAAGCGCUUUCGGUUAUCGCCCGACUUCCGCCAGCACUUGACUAUCGAUUACUGGUAUAUCCAAGCCAGUUCGAUGUGAUCCCACCAGAGGAAACAACAUCGUAUAUCCAGAGUAUGACGCUUGGAGGUGGUAAUCUGCAUGAGGUAAAAUUCGUUUCACCGGAAGAGGCUGUCUGGGAGGCAUUUGCGUGGAUUUUCAACAGUGUCACGCUCCCCAGUCUGCGGACCAUUUCCUUCGUCAAAGCAGCAUCAACCAAUCGGACAGACCCCCUCCCACUUCCUUGGCCGCAUGCGUACUUUCUGGCUAUGGCCCAGCGCUCGUCGUUCGAAACGCAUCUGUUGUGCUUAAACCUCGUUGGGGUGGACAUCUCGCUGGAGCAGCUGGAAGAGUGUCUCGACAAUUUGCGCGUCCUCGAAAGCUUGGCUUUGGGCGACGAGCUGCAGCCCCGGCAAGACAUAGACGAACACCAGCAUCCUACUAUCCAACUGCUAUUGCAGACUCAUCCACCCGUGCAAAUCUCAUCAUCGCUCUUGGACCGGCUCAUUGCUUGCGACCGACACGAGACUCUCGUUCCGCGCCUGUCAACAUUGACCCUGCAUACCAAAUGCAACUUCGUCGACACCGUAUUCACUGACUUGCUCCGCUCGCGCGUCUCACUGUGCACCAGUGCCGAUGGAGGAGGGCGCUUUACCUGCCACGUAUACGUGCUCCGCGGCUGUUGGACCGGAGACGGGAUCACAGAGAAUCGGCGCCAGAGAUUGAUGAACCAGGUUUCUGACCUGCGGCAAAGUGGCACCCUCAGGUUUUCAUUUUCAGCUUUGUAA